GGGGCCUUAGCUGACUAUCCUAAUUAAAGAAGUCCGCCAUCACUCUCAGUCUCUUUUCUCUACUUCUUUAAAUGAUACCUAUCGCCACCUGAAGUUAUAGCACAGAUUUAUUUGUUCCUCAUCUGCCUUUUUCUACUAUUGCCAGCCCUAAUAAUACAGCUUGGUGUUGUAAGUGCCAGAUAAAUAUGUUUUGAAGGAGUGGUUGAAUGGAUGGGUGGAUACAUAAGGGAUGGAAUACACAUAUGGCUGGAUGAAUGGAUAUUCUUGUGAAUAGAUGGAUUAAUAGAUGGAUGUUUGGGUGAAUUAAGGGGUAUGCGAAUGGACAAAUUAAUAGAUGAAUAUGUGGUGGAUAAAUUAUUAUAGAUGGAUAAAUUGAAGAGAGUAUAAUGAAGGGAUGGGUUGAUUGAUCAAUAAAUAGAUGUGCAAAAUGGAUGAAAGGAGGAGUGGAUGAGUGGAUAGAUGGUUCAAUAAAUAGAUAGAUAGGUGAAUGGUAGAGUAGUUGAUGAAGGAGUGAGUGGAUGAAAGAAGGAGUGGAUAGAUGCAUGGGUAGAUGGAUGGCUGGGUGAAUGGAGGAAGUAGAUGAAUGGUUGGAGGGAUGGAGGGAGAGAUGGGUGAAGGAGGAAGUGGAUGGUGAAUAAUGAGUGGAUGAAUCAAUGGAUGAUAGAUGAAUAAAUGGAUGGAUGGAUGGAUGGAUGCAACUGUCAAACAGAGGAGUGGUUGAAUGGAUGGAGGCUCUAACAAGGAACCUUUCUGAACCUGGCCCCUGUCACUUUUGUUUUCCAGGCCGCCCACCACCCCUCCUGCCCCUGUGUGCCUCUGUGUCUUUGCUGGGCGGCUUGACCUUUGGUUAUGAACUGGCAGUCAUAUCGGGGGCCCUGCUGCCACUGCAGCUUGACUUUGGGCUCAGCUGCUUGGAGCAGGAGGUCCUGGUGGGCAGCCUGCUCCUGGGGGCGCUCCUCGCCUCUCUGGUGGGGGGCUUCCUCAUUGACCGCUAUGGCAGGAAACAAGCCAUCCUGGGGAGCAACGUGGUGCUGUUGGCAGGCAGCCUGAGCCUGGGCCUGGCUGGCUCCCUGGCCUGGCUGGUCCUGGGCCGUUUGGCUGCUGGCUUUGCCAUCUCCCUCUCAGCCAUGGCCUGCUGCAUCUACGUGUCCGAGCUGGUGGGGCCGCGGCAGCGGGGGGUGAUGGUGUCCCUCUACGAGGCAGGCAUCACUGUAGGCAUCCUGCUCUCCUACGCACUCAACUACGCGCUGGCCGCCGUGCCCCGGGGCUGGAGGCACAUGUUCGGCUGGGCUGCUGCGCCCGCUCUCCUGCAGUCCCUCAGCCUCCUCAUCCUCCCUGCGGGUACAGGUGAUGCCGCCGCCCACAGGGAUCUCAUCCCCCUCCAAGGAGGGGAGGCCACUGAGCAGGGCCUGGGGAGGCCACGAUACUCCUUUUUGGACCUCUUCCGGGAGCGGGACAAUAUGCGAGGCCGGACCACCGUGGGGCUGGGGCUGGUGCUUUUCCAGCAGCUAACAGGGCAGCCCAACGUGCUGUCCUAUGCCUCCACCAUCUUCCACUCUGUUGGCUUCCGUGGGGAAUCCUCAGCCGUGCUGGCCUCCGUGGGGCUUGGCGCCGUAAAGGUGGCAGCUACUCUGACUGCCAUGGGGCUGGUGGACCGAGCAGGCCGCAGGGCCCUAUUGCUAGCUGGCUGUGCCCUCAUGGCCCUGUCCGUCAGUGGCAUAGGCCUGGUCAGCUUCGCUGUGCCCAUGGACUCGGGCCCCAGCUGCCUGGCCGUGUCCAAUGCCACCAGGCCAUUAAACCUCCCUGGAGACUCUGGCCUGCCAACGGGCUUCUCUUCACAUCCACUGUCAACCACCAGCGAGAAUCAAGAGGAGCCAGUCUCGCCAACUCCUGAGAAAACCAAGCGUCCUUCCAGAGCUGGGAAUCCCACAGCCCCUCCUGUGCCAGUCCUGCGCACCGGCUCCCCGGCAGCCCCGUCCCCUGCCCCGGAGCGUGCCCUGCUGCACUGGACCGCGCUGGUCUGCAUGAUGGUGUUUGUGAGCGCCUUCUCCUUCGGAUUUGGACCAGUGACCUGGCUGGUCCUCAGCGAGAUCUACCCCGCGGAGAUCCGAGGGAGGGCCUUCGCCUUCUGCAGCAGCUUCAACUGGGCCGCCAACCUCUUCAUCAGCCUCUCCUUCCUCGACCUCAUCGGCUCCAUUGGCUUGUCCUGGACCUUCCUGCUGUACGGGCUGACCGCUGUCCUUGGCCUGGGCUUCAUCUAUGUAUUUGUUCCUGAAACAAAAGGCCAGUCGUUGGCAGAGAUAGACCAGCAGUUCCAGCGGAGACGGUUCCCCCCGAGCUUUGGCCACAGGCAGAGCACGUCUGGCGUACAGUACAGCCGCAUCAAGGCCUCUGCAGCGUCCUGAGGAGCCCGCUGCUUGGGAAAUGCUGGGCCCGUGGUUUUAGCAGCCGAGGUCCAGCUUCCUGCCUGCCUGGGCUCUGGAGCACAAGUUCUAGGUGGUCCUUUGAGACUGAGCCCUGCUCCAGAGAAGGUCUUCUGUGCUGGGGGGGAAAGGGAUGGGAGUCUGAGAACCCGAAAGUCUUCAUGCUCAGUCUCAGGCUCUGAGGGUUUCUGGGGAGCUGCCUUCUUGCCUCAGUUUCCCCACUGGCCCUGCACACUCUGCAGUGCUGAUAAUGAGAACUUCUUGUGGAGUUUCCACUGUGCCUUGGGCUUUCUCAGAGAAUCUCUGGCAGGAAGGCUCUCCCCCUCAAUCCAGCUGAGGAUGCCAUAGUCUCUGCUCUUUUGUCUCAGCGAGGGGGAAGCCUGCUCUUUUGACUCUUGGAAAUCAGUUUUGCUCACCCCUCUAAUUCUCUUAUCCGGAAUAUCUACCAUUCACCAGCAACCCACGCUGGUCGGCAAGAGGCUUUGAGUUCUAGUCCUGAAUCUGCUGCUGUCAUUGCUGUAUGACCAUGGGCCUCAGUUUCUCCCCAUUGUACAGUCAGGACCUGGACUAAGUGGUUCUUUUUUUUAAAUGUGCACACCAAUGAACUGGAAUUCUAAAUGCUGAUAAUACAACAGCUACUCAACAUGGGCCUGCUCUUAAGUUGUUAGUCAUCUCUUGGGAGGAUGUAAGUUUCAUUAGGAGAAAGGUCGACAGAAGUCCAGAAUUAAGUGUCUUAACAUCCAGCGUAGAAGGAGUUAUACUGGGGCUGUCUCCAGGCUGGUGCUUGCUGCCCUUCCAUGCGAAAGGAGAUGGUUUGGAGGCCCACAGACCUGGUUGUCUGUCUUGCCUCUACCUCUUGGCAACUGUUGACUUUGAGUGAGUAACAACUCCCUCAAGCUCUAGCUCUUCAUUCUCUCCUCUCCUUUCUACACACAGAUGCUCCUCGACUUGUGAUGGGGUCACAGCCCAUUAAACCCAUCCUGAAGCCAAAAAUGCAGUUAGCACACCUCACCUACCACACCUCGAAGCUUAUGGCCUACCUUGAACAUGCUCAGAACACCUGCAUAAAUUAGCC